UGUUCAGAAGACAGGAAGCAGAGUCACUCGGUCGACCUCAUCACACCACAGCAACAAGUGGCAGAAACUGUCUUAAAUGAUUGAAUAAAUCAAGAAGUCCACGUCUGAACCAUGAACAAACGAAAACUGAGUUUCAAAUGGUUUGGGAGCCUCAGCAAUCUCUCCACCCGCCGCCAGUCGGAGAAGGCCAACAUCAAGUCAGUCCCAGAGCAUGAUGGGAGCCGCAGCGGUGCCAAAUCAGCAGCGGGGGAACAAUCGGUGGACGACAUGGAGGACUGUCUCCGCAGCCCCAGCUACGCCCGCUCCAGCGAGAUGUACACACAUGUGGGCACUGUGCCACGCAGCCAGACACAGAAGAAGAGCUGCAGGGGGCUGAAGGAGAAGAAGAAGAAAGAGGAGGAGGGGUUGGUGAGUGGAGGGCAGAGCCAGUGGAAGGCGGGGGAACAUGUCCGAGACUCCCCUCUGCUCGGUGCCCUGUCCGGCCUCAGUACGACCAGUCUGGACCGGCCUCUACCUGUUUCUGCACCGGCCUGGCCGCUGCCCGCCACCCCGACACCCAGCCAGGCUUCACCUUUGACCUCAGCACCUGAAAGCUGCUUCAAUGAUCCUUCAGUGGACCCCGUUUGGAGCUCAGGGUCAUUGUCAAAGAGCAGGGAUGCUUUAGAAACUGGUAGAGCUGUAAGAGAGGCUUCUAACAUGGCGACCAAUGGCACCAAAGCGGCUUUGCCGCAGGAUGUUUACGUUCCGAUGGAUCCGAUAGCUGAAGCAGCUCGCAGCCACGUGGGCAUCCCACAGGGAGGGGGGGGGGGGGGCCGCAAGGGGGGCCACACACCACCCAACAAAUUUAAGGCGGGCUUGGGGGAGGGAAGCGUGGUGACAGGUGAGAAAGUGGAUUAA